AUGAUGCUUUUCACGUUGGGUUCUGCUUCAGAAUCCUGGCCUCAGGUUCGGCUGACAGCAGAUCCUCCAGGGUCAGACGUGAUCCUAGGAGAGAAAGUUACUCUCACCUGCCAGGUCACUGGGUCCAAGGGCUGGAAAUAUAUCUGGACCAGAGAGACAAAUGGAGCCACCUCUCAGCUUCUGGGCAGCAGUGGGCAAGAUGGUGAAACGUACAUCCUGCAACCUGUGAGAAAGUCUGACCGAGGACUUUAUCAGUGUAGGGCACAGAGAGGAAGUGAACUUUCUAACAGCAACUCUCACAGCCUGCGAGUGCACGAUGUAGCACAGCCUGUCAUACGUCAGAAUCCUCCAGGACCUGAGUGGUUCAGUGGAGAAACUGUGACCCUUGAAUGUGAUAUAAGAGGAGGAUCUGGAUGGAGAUAUUCAUGGGCCAAAGUAACCACACAGACACGACUGCAGAGUCUGACUCCCAGUAGCAAAGAAACUUAUAAGAACUACAUUGUCCAGUCUGCUAAAGUAUCUGACAGUGGAGAAUAUAUAUGUCAGGCAGUAAGAGGAAGUGACCCAGGAUUUCAGUCUCGACCUGCAUCUCUGUAUCUCAGUGUAUCAGAAGGAGAGAAACCAGAAGCUGUUAUAACCUGGACAUCCCAUGAGGGAGAGACCUACACAGGAGAGAGGAUCAGUCUGAGCUGUAGGGUCAGGGGAGCCUCUUCUGGCUGGAAGUAUCUCUGGUACAAAGACAGACAGGGAACAGAACUGUCCAACCCUGACAACAGCAGCACUGAUGGCUCCAGUUACACCAUCAUCUCUGCUGCUCUGUCCCACAGUGGACAGUACUGGUGUCGGGCUCAGAGAGGGAGCUUUUACUCUCAGUACAGUGACCCUCUGCAGCUCAACAUUCAUGUUCGUCCACAGGCUGUUCUGAGUCUGGAUACAGGAUUUCUGCAGAUCUUGACCAAAGACAGUUUGACGCUGAAGUGUGAGGUUGAGGGAAGCUCUGUUGGAUGGAGCUACACAUGGUACGCAGAUGGAUCUCAGCUUCCUGAAGACCAGGAUGGACAGAACUUCACUGUGAGAUCUGGGAAUGGCUCCUAUCACAGGGAAUACAGAUGUAGAGGGAACAGAACUGAAGAACCAUUUUACUCCACAAUCAGCAAUGGUUUGGUGCCCAACAACAUUAUUUCACAGGGUGUGGAGAAUGUGUCUCGGAUUGGUGCUGGAUUGGCUGUUAUGAUUCUCCUCUCAAUUAUUCUGAUGCUGGAAUUCUGUGGAAGACCAAGGUGUGGUGCAACCCCAAGGAACACGGCCAAACCGAGAGAUCACUAAAUACUGCGCAAAUAUCCUGGGAUUACACGUACAGAAAGACUUUGGAAAAAUAACACGAGACUUUUAUGUGUUUUACCCAAAUCAACCAAGUGCUUUAUAUGACACUCAAA